GUCUUUUUCGCCUGUAAAAUCACCUCAAUGGCUAUUCAGAAUGACGUAUGGAGACGUAUUUUAUCGGCCGGACACGAUUUUUUUAUAACAGAAGAGUUAUUAGACUACAUUUUGUUGAUUGUUGACAUUAAACAUACAACAAUUAUAUUGACGUGUGGUAUUUGAAUGACAGGUAGAAUUAUAAAAAGUGAAACGCCGGUGCGUUUUUGAGAGUUCAUUGUUGGGAGGUUGGCAAAUGGCAUUGUUGAGCUCUUUCGGUGUGGGUUUUCUUUUUGUAUGGUUAUCACCGGAUGCAUAGACGAGGUCUGAGUUACUACAUCUUUUCUCGACUUGUUGUUUUUGGUAUCAGAUUAAGAACCAAACAUGCCUUCUGAUGCCAAAAAGAAGCGUGACGCAAAGAAGAAAGAGGCAGCAAAGCAGAGAGGACAGAAAAAGCCUACAAAGACAGAAAAUGGAGUUGCUGAAGAAAAUGUUGUUGAGGAAAAUGGAAUUCCAAAACAGAAUGGAGCAGGGGAAGCCAGUGGAGAGGCUAAACAGAAUGGAACAGAUGUUGUUGAUGCCAAUCUCGCUGCCGAGUUCGAUGGCCUUGACCUUGCUGCCAAAUUUCGAGCAUGCACGGGUGUGUUAGCGUCACAUCCUGACAGUAGGGACAUUAAGCUAGAUCAGCUGACCAUUACGUUUCACGGAGCAGAAAUACUUACUGAUACAAGUGCCGAGUUCAACUGUGGGCGACGGUAUGGCCUGAUUGGGCUGAAUGGGUGUGGAAAGUCUACAUUAUUAUCAGUCCUGGGCAACAGAGAGGUUCCUAUACCAGACCACAUAGAUAUAUUUCAUUUACGGCGAGAAAUGCCACCCAGCGAUAAAACUGCCUUGGAGGUAGUCAUGGAGGUUGACGAGGAAAGGAUACGGCUUGAGAAAGAGGCUGAGGAUUUGUCCCAUCGAGGGGAUGAUGACCUCAUUCAUGAAAGGCUAAUGGAGGUUUAUGACCGUCUGGAUGACUUGGAUGCUAACAAGGCUGAGGCAAAAGCGGCAAAUAUUUUGCGUGGUUUGGGCUUCACACAGGGGAUGCAACAUACUGCGGUGAAGAACUUCUCUGGUGGCUGGAGAAUGCGUCUGUCACUGGCGAGGGCUUUGUUCAUUAAACCAGCCUUGCUACUUCUUGACGAGCCCACCAACCACUUAGACUUGGACGCCUGCGUGUGGCUGGAAUCUGAGCUUAAAAAUUAUUCUCGGAUGCUGGUGAUGAUCUCACACUCACAAGAUUUCCUGAACAAUGUGUGCACCAAUAUCAUCCACAUGCAGAAGAAGAAGCUAAAAUACUACGGAGGUAACUACGAUUCCUUCAUGCAGACCAGGUACGAGUUGGAGGAGAACCAGAUGAAGCAGUAUCGUUGGGAGCAGGAUCAGAUUGCUCAUAUGAAGAACUACAUAGCCAGGUUUGGUCACGGCAGUGCCAAGCUGGCCAGGCAAGCUCAGAGCAAGGAGAAAACUCUCAAGAAGAUGGUUGAUGGUGGCCUGACAGAGAAAGUUACCAGGGACAAGACGCUGAGUUUUUAUUUCCCAGAAUGUGGUAACAUACCUCCUCCUGUGAUCAUGGUACAACAUGUUAACUUUAGAUACAAGGAUGACAAGCCUUGGAUCUACAAAAACCUAGACUUUGGCGUAGACUUGGACACUAGGCUGGCUCUAGUGGGGCCAAACGGAGCAGGGAAAUCCACACUACUCAAGCUUAUAGCAGGAGAGCUUUUCCCAACAGAUGGUAUUAUACGAAGGCAUUCUCAUCUUAAGAUAGGAAGAUAUCACCAGCAUUUACACGAACAACUCGACCUUACCAUGUCUGCAUUGAAGUGGAUGAUGAAGUGUUAUCCAGAUAUCAAAGAUGUAGAAGAGAUGAGGAAGAUCAUUGGACGAUAUGGGCUAACUGGACAACAACAG